UAAUUACCGGUGGUUGUAUCACAUCACGCGCAGCAGCAGCAGCAGCAAGAAGAGGAAGCAGCAGCAGAGCCACUCGCUCGUUGGAUCCAUAUACCCAUAUAUCCACACCACAUACAUAUUCGCACACAUUCGGCGGUACAUAUGUGCCUGGCGAAUUUCGGUCGCCCAAUUUGUUUGUGUUUUUUCCGUGCUCGCCACCGCAUGUGCCUGCAAUUACGAGUGUGCCGCGGCCAAAGACCAUAAUUACAAACUAAGUGAAAAGCGUGCCAUAAUUCCGCGAGCGAAUCCCCGCCGUGCGCGCGGGCAAUGUGCGGAGGUGCUAACGCAGCCCAGUAGCCAGUGCCGAGGACCAGAGCCACGUUUCCACCUCGUCCGGAAAGCAGCCACGGCCAGCAGCCACAGCCACAGCCACAGCCACAGCCAGCCCUCAGCAUGAUCGACGCGGCCUGCAACUACCUGAAUCCCUACGCGCAGCAGCAGCAGGCGCAGCAGCAACAGUCGCAACAGUCGCAACAGCAGCAGCAACAGCAGCAGGCGCAACAGCAGCCGCACCACCUGCACAUGCAGCAGGCGCAGCACCAGCUGCACUUGUCGCAGCAGCAGCACAUGCAGCACUUGCCGCACCAGCAGCAGGCGCAACAGCAGCAGCAACUGCAGCAGCAACUGCAGCAGCAGCAGCAGCCCCACGACUUCCUCAGCGCCGCCGCCCUGCUGUCCGCCCCCGCGUCCCUGUCCGGCUCCUCGAGCUCCGGCUCCAGUUCCGGCAGCUCGCCGCUCUACGGCCGCUCCGUGGGCAAGCCGGCCAUGAAGCUGGAGCUGCCCUACCCGCAGGCCUCCUCCACGGGCACCGCGUCGCCCAACUCCAGCAUCCAGUCGGCGCCCUCGUCCGCCUCCGUCUCGCCCAGCAUCUUCCCCUCGCCCGCCCAGUCGUUCGCCUCCAUCACGGCCAGCCCCUCCACGCCCAUCAGCAGCGGCACCCUGGUGCCGCCACCCACCGCGGCGGGCGGAGUGGCGGGAGCAGGAGCAGGAGCGAUGGCAGGCUCCACAGCCUCCUCGCCGUCGUCCUCCUCGGCGGCCUCUGCGGCGGCGGCGGCGGCAGCAGCGGCGGCCGCAGCGGCGGACCUGGGAGCAGCCGCGGUCGCCAGCGCCGCCUACGGCUGGAACUCCGCCUACCCCGGACUGGGAGCCCCAAGAAGUCAGUUCCCGUACGCCCAGUACGCCUCCGACUACUACGGCAAUGCGGUGGGCAUGUCCUCCUCGGCGGCCUGGUUCUCGCACCAGGAGCGGCUCUACCAGCCCUGGAGCUCGCAGAGCUAUCCCGGCUUCAACUUCGACGACAUCGCCUUCCAGACCCAGCUGCAGCGGCGCUCCGUUCGCUGCACGUGCCCCAACUGCACGAACGAGAUGAGCGGACUGCCGCCGAUCGUGGGGCCGGACGAGCGCGGGCGCAAGCAGCACAUCUGCCACAUCCCCGGCUGCGAGCGGCUGUACGGCAAGGCGUCCCACCUGAAGACCCACCUGCGGUGGCACACCGGCGAGCGGCCCUUCCUCUGCCUCACCUGCGGCAAGCGCUUCUCCCGCUCCGACGAGCUGCAGCGCCACGGGCGGACGCACACCAACUACCGCCCCUACGCCUGCCCCAUCUGCUCCAAGAAGUUCUCGCGCAGCGACCACCUCAGCAAGCACAAGAAGACCCACUUCAAGGACAAGAAGAGCAAGAAGGCCCUGGCCGCCGAGGCCAAGGAGCAGGCUGCCGCGGCGAUAAAGCUGGAGAGGAAGGAGAAGAAGGCGGGCAAGCCGCCGCUCACCCCGCCCGUGGAGUUCAAGCAGGAGCAGCCGGAGCAGAGCGGCGCACCGCUGGUCAACUACGCGCCCUACGCGAAUCUCUACCAGCAGGCCACCUCCUCCUCCGCCAACGCUCCGCCGCCACCGCCGCCUCUCUUCCAGCAGCCCCAUCACCACCAUCAGUCGUCGGCGACGACGAGCAGCUACGUGGAGCCCUGGAGCAGCCGUGCCAUACAACCAGCCACUACCUCAGCCAGUUCAUCCUCGUCCUCCAGCGCCGGAUCGCCGGCGGCCGCGGCCGUCGUCUCCGCCACCGGAUCGGCAGCUUCCCCGGCCGCCUCCGCCACGGCGGCGCUGGCCCAGCACCACUACGCCGCCCUGGCCAUGCAGAGCGAGUCGCAGCUGGCGGCGGAGUACGGCCUGACCAUGAGCGGACUGGCCAGCGGCGCCAGCCAGGACUCCAGCUCCAGUUGCCACAUGAAGUCCGAGUACGCGGCCAGCUAUCCGGCCGACUUUGGAGCCGGCACCGCCGGCUACGGCUACCCGCAUCCGCAUCCGCAUCCGCACCAUCACAACGCCUGGGCAGCGGCCUACCACCCGCAUGCCACCGCCUAGGAGCCCUAGGAGGGGUUCCCCUUCCCAGAUUGUUACACAGUUGAAUGUUGAAAAACAAAAUGCCAUAAGUCCCGAAACCCAGAAGGCAACAAAGCAAGCGUAGAACGAACCUCUAGUGUGUUUUUUUCAGUGUUUAUUGUUGAUAUAAAAAUAUAUGUGAAAUUCGAAAAAAAAUCGCAGUUACCCCGUAAGACACUAUAUUAUAUUGCAUACCUACUUAAAUAUUAACUAUAUUAACUAGCUCUAGAACUUGAAUUUUUUUCCCAUUUUUUUUUGCCCAAAACCUAGUUAAGAGAAUUUUUUUUGCAUGUCUGUACAUACAUAGAUACCAUUUUAUAAGCCAUACCAUGUAGAACCCUGGAACCAUCUAGUUGUGUACCAUAAUAAUUGUUAAUUGUCUUUAAGAUAAAUUAUAUACAACAAAAGCAAGGAACAAGGCGACAAACUCCCCAUACAACCAAUCCUAACAAUAAAAAACGAACAAAAUUAUAUCGGAAAACAAA